UUCCCCAUUUUAAUGCAGAUAACAAUAUCCUUCCAUCCUAAAAUUUCUAUUCGUGUAGUCUAUUUUGAUCUUAUCUUAAACGGUUUGGGGGUAGAUACUACUUAACCCUUUAAAACAGAUAUGUAUUAUGUUCGGAUCGGACAGAUAAUUUGUGAUUGAUUAUGCAGAUGUAAUAUUUGUUCUCAGCGAUAACCAACGAAUUGAGUGUUUUUCUUUUCAGUGAAGUGGAAGUUAUCGAUAUAAAGGCGGAUAUGUUAUAUAAUUUCGUGAAGUAUUCUGUAGAAAACUGAUAAGUAUAUUGCUUUUCUCAUUUAUUUAUGUGGUUAAAUAGUGAGUUAGUGUUGGUCAACGUAGAUGAUAACAACUGAACAUUGAAUAAACUACAAGAAUAAUGUUAAGCAUAAAAAUUCUGUUAUGUAUGUUGCUGGCACACCAAUCUGCGGUAGAAGCUGUAUAUAAUGUUGGAGUUGGACGAGCCGAUUGCACAGGACCAUCAGCAGAAAUUACUUUUAUGGGUUAUGCCAAAUCCGGUCAGAAAGGAUGUGGUAUCCAUUUAAGGCAGUUUUCAAGAGCAUUUGUGAUUAAAGAUGAGAACACUCUAGUUGCAUUUGUGACAAUUGACACAUGUAUGAUGAACCAUCCCCUAAAACAAGCGGUAAUAGAUAAAUUGGAUCUAAAAUAUCCCAAUGUAUUUACUCUAAAGAAUACAAUUCUCAGUGGAACACACAGUCACAGCACACCUGGAGGUUUCCUCAAGGAUGUAAUGUUGGACAUACCAAGCUCGGGAUAUUGUAAAGAAACCUUUAACGCAUUGGUAGCAGGAAUUGUAAAAUCCAUAGAUAAAGCAUACAACAAUCAAGUUGAAGCAAGAAUCUUUUACAGCACUACUACAGUAACUAAUACAAACAGGAACAGAAGUCCAGCUGCUUACCUCUAUAAUCCAGAAUCAGAAAGAAAAAAGUAUGAGACUGACGUGGACAAGGAGCUAGUUCAAAUAAAAUUUGUGAGUACCAAGGAUAACGUUGCAAUUGGUGCAAUCAACUGGUUUCCGGUACAUCCCACCUCAAUGAAUAACACCAACUGUUUGGUGCAUUCAGACAAUGUUGGAUAUGCGUCUCUUCUGCUAGAAUCUAGUGUUAACACAGACUCCUUACCAGGUCAAGGCGAUUUCGUGGGUGCUUUUGCCUCUACUAAUUUGGGUGACACCUCACCAAAUCUUAAAGAUCCUAUUUGUGUCAAUACGGGAGAACCUUGUGAUUUUGUUCAUAGUAGUUGUGCCGGAGGAAAUAAAUAUUGCAUCUCCUUUGGGCCCGGUGAAGAUAUGUUCGAAAGUACCAAGAUCAUUGCUAAUAACUUGUUUCAAAAUGGAAAGAAACUACUGGAUGGCGCAACUACAGACGCAACAGAAAUAACUGGUACCAUACAAUAUAUUCACAAAUUCUCACAUAUGCCUAGUCAAACCACUACUUACCAAUUGGAGAAUGGAACACAAAUUAAUGUGAGGGGUUGCCUUCCAGCCAUGGGAUAUGGCUUUGCUGCCGGUACAACUGAUGGCCCUGGAGAAUUUGAUUUUGAACAAGCAACUAAUACGAGCAACCCUUUCUGGAAUGUUGUAAGGGACUUUAUUUUCCCUCCAACACCAGAUGACGUUGUAUGCCAUUUUCCAAAACCUAUACUUAUCAUGUCAGGAAGGAUUACUAAGCCAUACGAAUGGCAACCGGUAACAGUUUCUAACCAAUUAGUAAAAAUAGGACAGCUUGUUCUGAUUGCCGUUCCUGGAGAAUUUACAACCAUGUCUGGAAGAAGAUUGAGAGAUGCUGUUAGGAAAGCAAUUAUCACAAACGACGGACCCUCAGAUUCAUUGGUUGUUAUAGCGGGCUUAAGCAACGUUUAUACCAGUUACAUUGCCACCCCAGAAGAAUAUCAGCUUCAACGAUAUGAAGGUGCUUCAACCAUCUACGGUCCUUAUACUUUACCAAUCUAUGAAAACAUUUAUGGUCAGCUAACGAAAGCCAUGAUGAAGAAUGAAACUGUGAAUGACGACUCAAGUCCCUAUAAAUUCCCGAAAGACAUGGCCACUCUUAUUACUCCCGUUAUUAUGGAUUCUAGUGGUUGGUUUAAUAAUUUUGGUGACUGCGUCGUUCAACCAAAUGACUGCUAUGAACCGGGCCAAACAGUUUCUGCAGUUUUCGUCGCAGGCCAUCCCCGCAAUGAUGUUAUGCAAGACAAAACCUUUUUGACCGUACAAAAACAAGAAAGUCAAAAUCAAGAUAAGCCAACUUGGAAAACUAUUGCAACGGAUGCAAGCUGGGAAACUAAGUUUAUUUGGAGUAGACCAGACCCAUUAACACCUACCAGUCAAGCAGAAAUUCGAUGGGAGAUUCCAGAUGGCACACAACCUGGAUCUUACCAAAUCCAACAUUUCGGCAACUAUAAGACGCUUUUUAGCGGCAUCUAUGCGUAUAGUGGUGUCUCGAGAAUAUUUUCUGUGAAAGAAAAUUGUCAAUCCAAGUGAUUCAUUAUUUUUAGAUAUAAUUUUUGAAUUUUGGUUUAAUAAAUUUGUUAGUUUUU